CUGAGUGUGUGUAUAUAUAUACACAUAUACCACUCCAUCUUUAUAACCUCCUAGCAUAUACACACCCAUUCUCUAUCAUAUUCUCUUUGAUUAUCUCAAAGCAAAGCAGAAUGGCUCUGUUGCUGAGCAUCCUGAAGCGUGCAAUCUUACUCAUUGCUCUUCUAGUUCAAAACCAGGCUUCAAUGGCAGCUGUACAUUCAUCUUCCCUGCAAUCGCUUGGCAACAAUCGCAUGUAUGGUGUAACUGAAGGCAGCCUGCAUCCUCGAGACUGUUCACCGAGGUGCCAAAACCGGUGCUCGGAUACACAGUACAAGAAGCCGUGUCUCUUCUUCUGCAAUAAGUGCUGUGCUAAGUGUCUGUGUGUGCCUCCAGGCACUUAUGGAAACAAGAGAGUCUGCCCUUGCUACAAUAACUGGAAGACCAAGGAAGGAGGCCCCAAAUGUCCUUAAAUCUCUGAUGUUUUUUUUGCCUAAAAAUACAUCAAUAACAUUUCUCUAUCUAUUUCCAUAUUAUUAUUAUGCAUGUAUUUCUGGCAAUUCUGAAAAAAGAAGGGGAUUAUCCCGUAGGGCUUCUCUAAUAAUGUAAACUGGGACCGGAGAGAGAAAUUAGGGUUUCAUCAAAUUUGGGCCCUUUAGUAGGUAGAUCUUAAUUGUAGGUGUCGUAUCUGUACUCAAUUUUAUCGAGAUUCAAUAAUAAUAUAAAUUGAAUCCAAUUUCUCUUGGAGGAAUUUAAAUGACCCAAUCCUCAAGGAUUUCUUUGGUCUUGGACUUUUGGUUCGACCCAGGCCGACCCACUUUUUGGUCCAGGCUUAUUCUUUUAUUGAAGCCCAACGGUUAUAAUGAUAUGCCUCUCUGACUUCCUAAUUUCCCUUGAAACAUGCUCUUAAUGUUUUCUGGUCACAAAAACAUGAAACCCAGUUGAAUAAGA